UCGGUGCCACAGUGCCACUGGCUGCACUAGCUGCAUGGUGGUUCGAGACAUCACAGAGCUGUCAGAUGAUGACGUGCAGCCGCCGGCACCUUCGCAGGCUUCUUCAAAGAAUGCACCUGGUCCUGUGACCCCAGAAAAAAAGAAGAAAGUAGCCACUCCUAAGGAACCUACUAGCAAGAAAGCAAAAGUAGCCAAAGCAAAGGUGACCAAGCCAGAUGAUGAUGCCGCAGACGUGUCUGAUCAGAAUGAUCAUGAUCCUGAAGAACAUGCUCAGGACGAGGAGGAUGAACUUGCCGAGGAUUUCAGUGACCGGCCACCACCCAGCCUGCCAACUGCCAAGGCGAAGAGUAAGGGCACAGCAAAAGGCAAGGCCAAGGCGAAAGCUAAGGCCAAAGCAGUUUUGAAGCGACCCUCCGCCUCCAGUGCUGUGAUGAAGCGGCCAGCUUCUUCUCAAGGUGAUGGGAACUUGCGCUACUGGCCAGAUGGACGAAUCCGGGUGCAGAAAGGGCUUUACAAGAAUGGAGUCCAUGGCUUGAAGAUGGGUGGCCAUCAGGUAUGCUUGGUGCACCCACUGGAUGGCGUGGCCGCUUCGCAGCUUUGUGAAAUUGCGGAAGCGGCCCGACAGGAGCUUGAAAAAGGUGUUCACCCCGGCAUUGUCAAUACGAUGAUCGAAUCCAUGAGGACGUCUGCCCAGCUCACCAAUAAGGGCAAAGAGAGUGGAACCGAACCGGGCAAAGAAGUUGGAACCGCUCAAGGUGAUGCUGCCAUGGAUGAGGUGGCAGAUGACGAGGAAGGAGAAGAGGAAGAGAUCGAACCCAACAGUGCAAACCUAGCUUCUGACGUGGAAGAGGCGAAUGCACAGGAUGUGGACUAGUCCGAAACUUGCUUGGACAGAUGUUGCCUCAACCCGUUCGGGGAUUUCACGCGACUGACUGAGCAUCUGGUGAAAAUCGCGG